UUAUUGCUCAGCCGAAGUCAAAUGCGUGCCUGACAUCUAGAGGACAUUCUGAGAAGUAGAAGUAGAAGAGAUGGACAAGUAGAUAUAAGUAGAAUUUUUUUUCUUCAGCUCCAAAUCUCUAAAUGAGUUUAGAAGUAAUUCACUGAAAAAGAAAAAGAAAAAAAAAAUUCAGUUAAAGGACUGAUUUAGAAAAUAAUGUACACAUCAGUACUACCCAGACAGCAAAGUAAACACAAAAAGAAAAUCCAGAUCCAGUUUUAAUAAAUAAUAAAGAGAUUGGAGGGUGACAUCCUGAUUUCCAGGUAUGGCACCGCCCACUCUUUUAAAAUAACACUCCACACAAUCUUUAUUAUAAAUUAGUGAGCUGAAUGGGUAGAUGGCUCAGAAAAAGCAAGAGAUGUGGAUCACUCUGUAUAUUUCUCUAUACCUGUCCUUUAACUGUAUGUAUGCAGCGUCAGUCCUGAGAUCAGACACAUGUCAUCUCCAGGGGCACUUUCGGUUGAACGGCAUGUACCAGGAUGGAGAUGUUAUACUUGGAGGCCUGUUUCAGGUUCAUUUCUUCACAGUUUUCCCAGAUCUGAGCUUCAAAACAGAACCAGAACCACCAUACUGCGAAAAAUUUGAUAUGGAAAGCUUCCAGCAGGCACAAACCAUGGCUUUCGCAAUAAACGAGAUCAAUAAGAAUCCAGACUUACUGCCUAACAUCACUCUUGGUUACAAUCUUUAUGACAAUUGUGUGAGACUAGGAAUGGCGUUCCGGGCUGCCAUGUCCCUAAUUAGUGGGACUGAGAAGUCCUUCUCCAACCUCAACUGUACUGGUCCUCCGCCAGUAGUUGGUAUUGUGGGGGAUCCAAGUUCAACUCCUUCCAUUGCAAUUUCCAGUGUUCUGGGACUAUUUAGAGUACCUAUAGUUAGUUACUACGCCACCUGCUCCUGUUUGAGUGAGAGAAAAAAGUACCCCUCCUUCUUCAGAACAAUCCCCAGUGAUGCCUUCCAGGUGCGUGCUAUGGUUCAAAUAUUGAGACAUUUUGGAUGGACCUGGGUUGGUCUCAUUUACAGUGACGAUGAUUAUGGCGUCUACGCUGCUCAGUCCUUCCACCAGGAAAUGCAGCUGUUUGGACAUUGUGUUGCUUUUUCUGAAAUCCUGCCCCAUUAUAACAACCCCAGAGAUAUUCAGCGUAUAAUAGGAAUGAUUCAGGCCUCUACAGCUAGAGUAGUGGUUGUUUUUUCCACUUCAUCCUUUUUGUUACCUUUGAUGGAUGAGGUGGUGUUGCAGAACAUGACAGGCAGGCAGUGGAUUGCGAGUGAAGCUUGGGCCACCUCUCCUGUAUACCACACUCCACGUUUACUGCCCUACUUGGGGGGCACACUGGGCAUUGCUGUUAGACGUGGAAAGAUCCAGGGGCUUCAUGACUUUUUACUUCAUAUUCGUCCCAGCAAUGAACCAAAAAAUAAUAUGCUAAGAAUCUUCUGGGAGAACAUGUUCGGGUGCAGUUAUGAAACUGGGGCUACAGUGAAAGAUGGAGAGCAAGUGAAAAAUAUAUGUACAGGAGAGGAGGAUCCGAUCCCCACAAACACACCAUACACUGAUGUUUCUGGGUUGAGAGCAGCUUAUAAUGUCUAUAAGGCAGUUUAUGCCCUGGCACAUGCACUUCAUGACCUGAUGCAGUGUGAGGAGGGGAGAGGACCAUUCAGUGGGAACAGAUGUGCCGACAUAAAUAAACUGAAACCUUGGCAGCUGGUUCACUACCUACAGAAAGUGAACUUCACCACAGGCUUUGGGGAUCAUGUGUCAUUUGAUAAGAAUGGAGAUGCUCUGGCCAUCUAUGAUGUGCUGAACUGGCAGCCAAGCUCUGAUGGAUCAAUAAGGAUCUACACAGUUGGUGUGGUAAAUGAAGGAGCAACAACAGGGAUGGUGCUCAAACUGGAAGAGGAUGCAAUAUACUGGAACUUUGAGACAAAAAAACCCCCAAGGUCUGUGUGCAGUGAAAGCUGCCCCCCAGGCACCAGACGAGCCACACGCAAGGGCCUUCCUGUCUGCUGUUUUGACUGCCUGCCAUGCAGAGAUGGAGAUAUUUCAAACUCAACAGAUGCUUUUGAGUGUACAACAUGUCCAGAUGAGUUCUGGUCCAGUCCAGAUAACAAUCAGUGUGUCCCGAAAGAAGUAGAAUUUCUGUCCUAUGAGGAACCUCUAGGCAUCUCCUUGACCACUGCAUCUCUGCUUGGCACUUGCUUCUCUGGUCUUGUGAUGAUCGACUUCGCUCAUCACCGUAACACUCCAAUAGUACGUGCCAACAAUUCAGAGCUCAGCUUCCUGCUGCUGUUGUCACUCAAAAUGUGUUUCCUGUGUGUGCUGCUGUUCAUUGGCCAGCCACAGUUGUGGACGUGUCAGUUAAGACAUGCUGUGUUUGGUAUAAGCUUUGUCCUGUGCAUUUCCAGCAUCCUGGUCAAGACUAUGGUGGUAAUAGCUGUGUUCAAGUCAUCUCGACCAGAGGGCAAAGGAACGAUGAAAUGGUUUGGAGCAGUUCAACAAAGAUGCACAGUUCUGCUCCUAACAGCCCUCCAGGUUGUGAUAUGUGCAGUCUGGCUAUCAAGUGCAUCUCCAACACCACAUAAAAACAACCAUUAUAUCCGCUCUAAAAUAGUAUAUGAAUGUGCUAUUGGGUCAGUGGCUGGUUUUUCUGUUUUACUGGGAUACAUUGGACUGUUGGCAGCAGUAAGCUUCCUGUUAGCCUUCCUGGCAAGAAAUCUUCCAGAUAAUUUUAAUGAAGCAAAGUUCAUCACAUUUAGCAUGUUGAUUUUCUGUGCUGUGUGGAUUGCAUUUGUUCCAGCAUAUGUGAGCUCUCCUGGGAAAUAUGCAGUAGCUGUAGAGAUAUUUGCCAUUUUAGCUUCUAGUUUUGGAUUACUGGUGGCCAUAUUUGCCCCAAAGUGCUACAUCAUCCUUUUACAUCCAGAGAGAAACACUAAAAAUGCCAUCAUGGGAAGAGAAACACAAAAUAAAUAAUUUAAUAUUCUGUCUGCAUAUCUCUGGUGUAUGAAACUUCAGAUCAA